UAUUUGUGUGUAUUUGUGUGGGGAGGGCGUUUGGAGGGAAGGUUACCGGGAGCUCCAAGGCCGCUGGCCUCUGGGUGGCAGGGAUACCAGUGACAAAGAUGGGGGUAUUUUCUCUGUCUUCCUCUUGGAGACCUCAACCUCCCCUUCAGGCCCCCUAGACACUUCCCGGGGCCCAGCCGAAAAGUCAUAUCCAUCCAAAGCGCUCCCGCCUUUUCUGGGGAGUGAAACUUAAUCCCCGGGUCCAUCCCAGCCAAGCCUGAGCGGGGAAUGCCCUGGCGGACGGGGCCGUCCGGAUUCCGCGCCAGCGCAAGCUCCGGCCUCAGUUCGGGAAAUCUGCCUGUCGGUCUGGGCUGGGGGAAAGGCAGCCAUGCCUGGGCCACGGGUGAGGGCAGAAUAACCGGUGGGAAGGCUGCGUUUUCACGAAGGACUCGGGUGAAGCUGCAGAGCUGCCUUUGAGCCCUGACUCCUUGGCUUCCUGGGUCGGAGGAGAUCUUGUAAUGGAGUGGUUCUUCGUCUCACACUAACAAGAUGCCUGAUUUCCUCAGGAUCGAGGGAUUGAAGAAUGUCCCGGGUUCCUUUGGGGAAGGUCCUCCUGAGGAAUGUCAUCCGGCACACAGAUGCUCACAAUAAGAUUCAGGAGGAAUCAGAUAUGUGGAAAAUAAGAGAACUGGAGAAACAGAUGGAAGAUGCUUACCAUGGGACCAAAAGGAAAAUGUUACCCAGCAGUUCAAGUAGGAUGCGUAGUGAUGGUUUUGAUGAAGAAAGUCAAAGAGAUUAUUGGAGGCCAAAGCAUGAAAUUUCUGGGACACUGGAAGAUGAUUUUCUUAAGGCUAAAUCCUGGAACAAGAAGCUAUAUGAUUAUGAAGCUAACAUGCCAGAUAGAUGGGGUCACAGUGGCUAUAAAGAGUUAUAUCCUGAAGAAUUUGAAACAGACAGUAGCGAGCAGCAAGAUAUUGUCAAUGGAAGAAUAACAUCUCCUCAGGUAAAAUCACCUACCCAUGAAUCCCGCAAACACAAGAAGUCAAAGAAAUCCCACAAAAAAAAGCAGAAAAAAAGGUCACGUAAAAAGCAGAAGAAAAGCAAAAAGGAAGCCAUAGAUAUAACAGCAGAUUCCUCAAGUGAAUUCUCAGAAGAAACUGGAGCUUCUAGUACCAAGAAAAGGAAACAACCACAAAAGUGCAAGAAAAAAUCCAGGAAAAAGUCUCUCAAAAAAUCUACUUCAUUCUUAGAGUCAGAAAGUGGCACUUCUCAGUCAGAUGAUUCAGCAUCCAGCAGUUCUGAGGAAAGUGAGGAAAGAGACACUAAGAAAACCAAAAGGAAAAAGAGAGAGAGAAAAGUUCAUAUCCCUGUAGUUAACAAUGAAGUACAGGAGAGGACAAACAAACGUACAAAUUGGAAAGUGGCUACAGAUGAAAGGUCUGCUGAGAGUUCAGAGGAUGACUAAAUGCAAAGAAAGGUCCAUUCUUCAGUUUCCCACGUGCCUCUGCAUAUUUACAGCCCUUACAUCUUGGGGUUUUGCCACUGACUCCCGUUUAGCACAGAGGCUGAGGUCCGAGCUGUCUUGUGCCAUCUGUAAACAUAGACUUCCUCUGUUUUGGCCUGUUAAACUUGAUUCCUUUUUAUUGUUAAUAGGGAAUUGGGUAUUUUGUUAUGGAGGUUCUUGAAGAGAUUAUUUUUUGCAAUUAAUCACAUUUAGUGUAGAAUACGUAUACAGCAAAUUAAAGGACCCAGAAAGCUAAAUUCAAGAAUGACCUGGGCACACCUAUUGGAAUAUUCACUUUGGGGAAAGCAAGAGCUGGGAUCGAGGGGUAGAUUGGAACCAGUGCUGUAUAGAAUGGUAUGCCAAGGGAACAUUUUCUUGCUCUCUGUCUUCUUUUUGUAUAGCAGGUGUCACAACUUUUGUUUCCAGCCUUGGUGCUUUGAGCCUUCUACAUUUUGACCCCACAGGUGUGGUCCAGUUUAAAGGAGAAACCGGCAUUAAGAACAAACCUUUUUCCUUCUGGAUAACAUCCAUAGACAGCUGUUAAUACAAAAUAGGAUCAAAUUUCCCUGCUGGGCAGGGUCUAUACCUCUAAACAUGGUAAUUGGAUAGCAGUUGAAGGGUUUUAUCGCUCCAUUGCUGGAUAUUACCGAAAUGGACCUGUAUUUGUAAUUAGUUCUCCAGUUGUCAUUGAUAAUCCUCACCCAAAUGAGGAAGAAUUAGGAGUUAGUCAUGCUGUCUUACGGUGCUCUGAACAGGAUUCAGGGCAACUGCCAUUUGAAUGUGUGUUCUAUGUUUAUUUCUGAAACUAUUAAUGAACUUCAGAUUUUCCCUGAAACUAAGAUGAAUCAGUUCCAAAAUGAAACAGGUGUCUCAGGGUCAUACAUACACACUUCUUCCCAGUCUGCCUCUGGGUUAAGGCACCAAGCAGAAACCACAUUAUUUCUCUUUAUGAUUCUGUCAUCCCUAAUAUGUUAACUGUUAAGAAACUAAAAUGUCACUGAUAGAAGGCAGGCAGGACACAAGUGAAUUUUUUUCAUUAUGGGAGAAAGCAUCAAGUGAUACACUGUUAUUGUUUUUUCUUGGUUGUCACUUCAUGGGUGGAGUAAAAAGCUGAAAACUCAGACUUUUGACUUGGUCUUGGUUCUGCCACUAAUUGGUUAUGAUGUCCAGAGCAGGUAAGUUAACCAUCCCUGGCCUCAUUUUCCCCAUGUGCAAUACAGAAGUACUUCAUGAUAGCACAACAGUAUAAGAUACCAGCAGUAGAAUACAAUUCUAAUGACAUUCCAGAAGGUGAUAAUAUUUUGUAGUUUUCACUAACCACUAAAUUUGUUCACUUUACAGAACAGAUUUCUUAAUAAAGUGCUUAGUCUUAAAAAAUACAUAGCUGGCCAGAGAUUGCCUAUCCUUUGAUAGCAGGUGCUGCCCUUUGGGAUAUCUGAAAUAACAACUUUGGUACUAAACUUUCAGUGUUCCAUGGCAUAUAUUUUUAUCCUUGGGACUGGUGGGGGCUUAUGGAGGAAAGAAGAGUCUAUAAUUACUACCUCAUAUCCUAAAGUAACUUGUUCUUGUUGCAAGUGAACUUAUUGGAAAACUUUUAUCAUGUAUUUUUUUAGCAUUGUUUCUGUGCUGAUUCCAAGCACAGACUCAGUAAGGUAGUCUAGUGGUACAAGGCAUCUGCAGAACUUUGCUCUCUUUGGGUCAUGACUCUCCCACCACCCCCAUGCUAGCAGGCCUCUUACCCAACUGUUAUGGAUUCUUGGCUGUUUUUUUUUUCCCCCCCGUAUUUACUUGGUCAUGUGUGAGCAAUGAAGCUGCCUUCUGUUUAUCACCUUUCUCAACCCCAAACUCUGCUCUAUGCCUUAGGCUAAGGUUUUGAUGGUUCUUCCUUAAAUAUGACUUACAGUGGCUCUUUAAAAUCUAAGGUCUUCCGUUUGCACUACCAGCCCUGGUACAUAUUUCUAGUGUUUAUACGAGUCAGAGGUGUCUAUAUGAAGUCCUAACAUGGGAUUAAGGAAAAGAGAGUGUUGGAGAAUUCACAUUUAUUGAAUAACCAAUGUGAUACAAUCUGGAAUUUCUGGAUUCCAAAUAAAUUUCACUUUUUGAACA